UUGGGUUGUGGGAGGAGGUGGCAGUAUUGUGAUCAUCCAAAUAUGGCCUCCCAAGAAAACAGUAGAAAACUGUCACAAGCAGCAAAAAAAGGCUGAGUUCAAGCAGUGGCCAUGGCUUCUGUGGCAAACGGUCCCUUCUACAUUCUCAAACCUCCAAACCAUCCUGGUUACAAACUCAGUAGUGGUAUCAGAACGACCCUCUGGUCAUUCUCAUGUACCAAUGCACCAUUUCUCACACUGCAGACCUCAAAGCACAAGUCUUCAACCAUCAUUUGCUUUGCAACUGAUAAGCAAACUUCUUCUACGGAAACCAGUUCCACAGCCCGGAUUAGGAGUGAAGUUCUCACUCCCUUUCGCUCCGUUCGGAUGUUUUUCUAUCUUGCUUUCAUAGCAAGUGGUGGUUUAGGAGGACUCAUAGCAACCACACAGUUAAUUGCAGCACUAACAAACCCAUCAAGAGCACUUGAUGCCCCUGAAAUUGUGAAGGGUCUUGGGAUAGACCUUGGAGCAGUGUCUCUCUUUGCAUUCUUGUAUUUGAGAGAGAACAAGGCCAAGAAUGCACAGAUUGCUAGGCUCUCAAGAGAGGAAAACCUUUCGAAUCUUAAGCUCCGGGUUGAUGAAAAGAAGGUCAUUCCUCUUAGCUCUUUGAGAGGGAUUGCUCGGCUUGUAAUAUGUGCAGGCCCUGCAUCAGUCAUCACAGAAGCUUUUAAUCAAAGUGAACCCUACACUGAAAGGCUUGUGGAACGAGGGGUGCUCGUGGUGCCCUUUCCUACAGAUGGAAACUUACCUAGUUUUGAGUUUGAAGAAAGUGAAGAGACUAAGGAGAUUACUGCAAAGAGGAAAAGACUAUGGCAGCUGACACCAAUUUAUAUUCCUGAAUGGACCAAGUGGUUAGAUGAGCAAAAGAAGCUGGCAGGCGUCUCCUCUGAAUCUCCUGUGUAUAUAUCUCUUCGCCUGGAUGGUCGUGUUCGUGGCAGUGGCAUUGGUUACCCGCCUUGGAAUGCUUUUGUUGCACAGUUACCACCUGUGAAGGGAAUGUGGUCUGGUCUUCUUGAUGGGUUUGAUGGAAGAGUUUAAGAAAAUAUUUUGUGUUUGUAUAGGUAUUCCUUAGAAAUGAAAUUCUGUUUUCCUUAUGCCUUUUGAAAAAAGCAGUGGGAUUUGUAUGGUUUCAUGGCAUCACUUGUCAUGACUCUGCAAUUUGCUAUCUAUCUUCUCAGAAAAGGAAGGCAUAUUUAUCUUUUGGGUUCUCUGCCAACUCCCAUGCAUUAUUGGGAGCUUAACUACAUGGUUUUUCGUUUCGAACAAACAAGUAAAGCAUACUUUCUGGUGCCAACAAGGGUUUACAGAUUCUGAAACUUAAUUUGUUGAUAACUUGAAAUGUCAGAGUUGGGUUUAGGAAUGCACUUAUAUGUUUUGAUAAAACUUCCUAAUGCCAGAGUUGUCUAUGGGGAACUGGAAAAUCCUGUUUGGAAUUGUUUUCGGCUUCUAUGUGGCUAACAGGUCCUGCUAUAAAUGCAUGCAAUGUUAAGGAAGCAACCAAAAUGGGGGAUUUGAGGACAGUUGACAGAGAAAAGAGUUGUUUUGUCCAAAAACAACUUAAACUAAUCUAUACAUCAAGCCUUGUGAAUGUUGAAUUGCCAUUUUCUGA